UUGACGGAGCAUGACCUGCCCGAGACUACUGUAGAGGACAGAUGACAUGAUGGGGGAAGGAGUGGCGGGAUUGGUCCGUGAGUCCACUGGGAAAACACAGUCAGUGAGCAGGAAACUGGUUGGAUGAUCUGCUUGAGAAGCCUGCGACUUGCAAUCAUAAUAAUAAUUGAGCAUUUGGGCCAAAGGUCUACCUGGAUCACCUGUUAGACCUGCAACAGCAUCUUGGAACGUUCAGUACCUGAAAGAAAGGCAUGGCUCUGACAACUCCGCCCAAAGGAUGCGGUGCAGGCAUCGGCUCGAUAUAUUACAACCUGUGUGACUUGACCAUGGUGUGGGGUGUUGUGGUGGAAGCCCUGGCCGCCACCGGCGUGGUGACCUCUUUUGUUCUCUUCAUCAUCCUCAUGGCAUGCCUGCCCUUUGUGACAGACAAGAGGAGGAAAGGUAUGGUGGCCCUGCAGGCAGGCGUUCUCAUAUUCACCCUGGGACUCUUUGGUCUUACUUUCGCCUUCAUCGUGGGCCGCUACUCCACCAGCUGUGCCGCGCGGAGGUUCCUCUUCGGUGUCUUGAUCUCGGGAUGCCUGGCCUGUCUGGUGAUGCAUGGGUUGUGGCUCGCCCUGCUGGAGCGAAGGGGUCGCGGGCCCAGGAGUUGGAUGCUAUGCCUGGGAGCACUGGGCCUCUGGCUAGUAGAGGUCAUCAUUAACACAGAGUGGCUCCUCAUCACAGUGGUGCGGAAUCCACCGGGUGGUACCGACAUCUCCGAGUUGUCUUGCAGCUUUGCCAAUGAGGACUUUGUCAUGGCGCUCACCUACGUGAUGGCCCUGCUGCUUGCCACUGUGCUGAUGGCCGUGCCCUCGCUGACACACAAGCACAAGCAGUGGCGGCGAGAUGGAGCUUUCAUUCUGGCGUCAGGCCUCUUCACCGUGGCCAUAUGGGUGGCUUGGAUCGUCAUGUACAUCCACGGGAACAGAGUGCUCGGUGACGCCAGCUGGGAUGAUCCCACACUCGCUGUGGCCGUGGUAUCCAAUGCCUGGGUGUUCCUGCUCCUGUACGCCAUCCCGGAAAUCUGCUUACUGACCCAGGAGGACCUGGACCCCCCACAUGAUGGGGACCACAUCUACCCAGCCAGGAGCUUGGUGUACGACAACAUUCACAAAGAGCCAGAGCCACCUCACCAGACUGUGUACAUGGAGAAUAAAGCCUUCACGAUGGAGGAGCCUCCAUCAGUGCCCACAAAACCGGUGUCGCCAUACGGCGCUUACAAUGGACAACUGCGAAGCUGCGUCUACCAGCCCACUGAAAUCGCCCUGAUUACCAAGGGUCUGACGAAGAUGGACCAGGAUAUGAUGAUGCGUCGUGCCUCGGCCUCCUCUUUGAACCAGUGCAGCAGUCGCAGCAGCUCACUGCAUCAGUCGGUGGGCUCUUUGGCCUCUUAGCAACCAUAUCGCUCACAAACACAGUCGAGAGCACAUUGUCUGCUCUCCCUGGCUUAUGUUCUCUGUCUGGUGGAUAGCUACACUUUGGUUCUGUGCUUUGAUUUUACAUAAGAUCCACAAGUGGAACUUUUUUUGUUGCUGUGACAGACUUUCUGCAUAGUUAUGACAUACAGUAGUUAUAAUUCACACAUAAGUUUGGAUGGUCAUGAGGUGGUAAUAAAUAUAUGUGCUGUAGCAAAACAGGCCUUCUUUGUUCAGAUUAUGUUGUUAAUCUGA